AUGGUAGAUGAGUGGGGAGAUAACGCCUGUCGCUAUCAAGCAGGCGGAUGGUGUUAUUUGUUGCUGAUCGGAGUUCUCCCGAACUACCCCGACUCGAGUCAUGAAAGGCACAAUGAGAAGCGCAUGAAUCCCUUCUCGAAAGAGAAGUUGCGCGACACCACCGUUGAGAUUUACCACGUCAUCAUGCACUCCCCCGACAUCAACAUUGCGAUUGAUCGCGGUGGCACAUUCUGCGAUGUUCUGGUCCAAGUUGCAGGCCAGCCAGAUCUUGUAUUCAAGCUACUCUCCGAAGAUCCGACCAACUAUCGCGAUGCCCCGACCGAGGCAAUCCGGCGCGCCCUAGAAACCAUUGAGGGAUGUAGCAUUCCCAAAUCAGCCAAAUUAGACGGCUCACGGAUUGCAUCUUGUCGCAUCGGUACUACGAUCGCCACCAACGCACUUUUAGAGGGCAAAGGUAAGAAGUUUGCUUUCGUGGCCACCCAGGGCUUUCGAGAUGUGUGCACCAUCGGAGACCAGACUCGACCGAGGCUUUUCGAUCUCAAUGUCCGGAAGGCUACGCCUCUUCACCACAAGGCCGUAGAGAUUGACGAGAGAAUCACAAUCGAGGACUAUGAUCUCAAUCCGUUCCCGCUGGACAUUUCAAGGGAUGUUUCCGACCCGGCUCUGGUCCAAACGGCCAGUGGCGAAAUUGUUCGGGUGAUUCAGCCCCUGAAUGUCGAAGCGGUCUGCGAGACCCUGCGCGAGCUGAAGGCAGAGGGGUAUGAUUCUGUAGCAAUCGCAUUUAUGCACUCAUAUCUCCACCCGGGGCACGAGGAGACAACAGCCACCUUGGCCCGCGAUGUUGGCUUCAAGUAUGUCACCACAUCAGCUGAAGUCAGCCCUGCCAUCAAGUAUCUCCGCCGAAGUAACUCGGUGUGCUCCGAAGCGUUUCUGUUCCCGAUUGUCCAACGAUAUGUCGCCGGCUUCGAAGAUGGGUUUUCUGUUCUACCACAACGUGUCGAUUUUAUGUGCUCAGAUGGAGGACUGCGGUCAUCCCGGAAGUUUCGAGGAAACGAAGCCCUCCUCAGUGGUCCCGCUGGCGGAAUUGUUGGGAUAGCGAAGACAUGCUUCGAUCCUAGCAAUCCAACUCCCAUAAUCGGUUUCGACAUGGGAGGGACCAGUACUGAUGUCUCACGGUAUGAUGGAUCUUUUGACUACCUCAGUGAGACGACGAUAGCCGGCCGCCUUAUAACUAUCCCGAUGUUGAAUAUCGCUACAGUGGCUGCUGGAGGAGGAUCGAUUCUCUUCGCCCGAAAUGGGCUGUUUGUGGUAGGUCCCGAGAGUGCAGGAGCACAUCCAGGUCCUGCGUGCUACCGCAAAGGGGGACCUUUGACUGUCACAGACGCGAACCUCUUCUUAGGGAGGUUGGUGCUGUCCUCUUUUCCCUCAAUCUUCGGACCGAACGCAGACCAGCCGCUUGAUUAUGAGGUAACGGCUCGCAAGUUUGAAGAGAUCACCCGGAAAAUCAACCAGCAAACGGGGCAGACCCUGAGUCCGGAAGAAACGGCACUUGGCUUUAUAAAUGUUGCCAACGAAACCAUGAGCCGUCCGAUACGAAAUGCCACCGAAUCUCGCGGCUUUCAUCCCGAACACCAUAAUCUUGUAAGUUUUGGGGGCGCGGGUGGCCAGCACGCCUGUUCAAUUGCUAGUCGGCUGGGUAUCAGGCGCAUUCUAAUCCACAAGUACUCGUCGAUCCUAUCUGCGGUCGGCAUUUCGAAGACAGAGUUGCAGGCGGAGGCCAUCGAACCGUCUGUCGCCACUUUUGAUCCAUCAAUCCUUCCCAAUCUCAACGCUCGAUUCGCUGCCUUGAAAGAUAAAGUCAAGGACGAACUAAUAUCUCAAGGGGCGAGGGUCGAGUCAGUGCGCUUUGAUGAAUCUUUGAGCUUGAGGUAUCAGAAGACUGACACUAAUCUGACCAUUUCCAAGCCGGGGGAUGAGGAUUAUGGUACCGCGUUUCAAGAGACACAUCGCCGCGAAUUCGCAUUCGCGUUGGAUCGGCCCGUAAUUAUCGACGCGUUGCAAGUACGUGGGACGGGUGGAGUCGAGGAAUGGCAAGCGACUCCAGCGUCGCCUUUCAAGGCCUUAGACGAGGCGAAGAUCCAGCGGAAAGAAGCCAAAUCUCAAAGUCUGCAGAGAGUCUUCAUCGAGACCUCGUGGCAGGAUAUACCAUACUACACUUUGGAGUCCCUUGGUCAUUUUACCGUCCUAGAAGGCCCAGCAAUUAUUAUUGACGCAACACAGACUAUAUUCGUGGAACCAGACUGGGAGGCCUACAUUCUUCCGGAGCACAUCGUUCUCGAGGCAAUCGACCGCAAGCCAAAUAAAAGCUCUUGGGUAGAAUCUCAGAUCACCAAUCCGAUCCAGCUCUCCAUCUUCUCCCAUCGCUUUAUGGCGAUCGCCGAGCAGAUGGGUAGCAUACUACAGCGGACCUCUAUUUCCACCAGCAUCAAAGAACGUCUGGAUUUCUCCUGUGCCAUAUUCUCUCCAGAUGGCAAGCUUGUAGCUAAUGCUCCUCACAUCCCCAUCCACCUUAGGAGCAUGCAAUACGCGAUCCAAACCAGCACCGUCUCUGGGAAGGCAAGCUUCGACCGGGUGAUUCCAGUCUUCACCGGCACGAACGAGACCCUAGCCUUCUACGUCGCCUCACGAGGCCACCACACCGACAUCGGAGGCAAGGGAAUCACAGCAAUGAUGCCCGACUCCAAGGAGCUCUGGGAAGAAGGGCUAAACGUGCAAUCCCUCAAAAUCGUGGACAAUGGCGUCUUCCUCGAAGACGCAGUCCGAGCAGCGUUCGAAGCCGCCGGCGACCACCCAGGCUGCAGCCCCAGCCGACGGAUCAACGACAACAUCUCCGACCUUAAAGCCCAGAUCGCGUCCAACCAACGCGGCAUCCUCCUCCUCCAGAACCUCUGCGACCAAUUCUCCCUCCCCACCGUCCACCGCCACAUGCACGGGAUCCAAUCCAAUGCCGAAGCCGCGGUGCGCCACUUCUUCCGCACCCUGAGCGCCCAGCACCCCUCCCCGCUGACGGCAGUCGACCACUUCGACGACGGCACCCGGAUCCAGGUGACCAUCACGAUCGACCCAACCACGGGCGGAGCCAUCUACGACUUCGCGGGCACCGGCCCGCAGAGCUGGGGCAACUACAACUGCCCGAUCUCCAUCACACACUCGGCCGUCAUCUACACGACGCGCUGCCUCAUCGACGAGGACAUCCCCUUGAACGACGGCUGCCUGGCGCCCAUCGACAUCCGCAUCCCGCGGGGGUCGAUCCUCCGCCCCAGCGCCUCCGUCGCCAUCUGCGGCAGCACUCUCGCCAGCCAGCGCGUCAUCGACACCAUCCUCCGUGCCUUCGGCCGGUGCGCCGCCUUCUCCGGCUGCACCAACAGCUUCGGCUGGGGACUCGGCGGCAAGGAUCCCGUCACCGGGACGAUCACCCCCGGCUGGAACUACGGGGAGACUGUGGGCGGCGGGUGCGGCGCCGGCCCCGCCUGGCACGGCGAGAGCGCCAUUCAGUGCCACUCGACGAAUACCAAGAUCACGGACGCCGAGGUCGUGGAGAAGCGCACCCCGGUGAUCGUGCGGAGGCAUGCGGUGAACCGCGACACGGGUGGACGCGGGAAGUUCCGCGGUGGGGACGGCGCCACGAGACUGAUUGAGGCGCGGGUGCCCUUGCGGUUUAGUAUUCUCAGUGACCGCCGGGUGUCUGCACCGUAUGGGAUGGAAGGGGGCGGGGAGGGUUCUGUGGGGACGAACUUUGUGUAUAGGUGGAAUGAGAGGAGGACGGGGUAUGAGAAGCUGUCGUUGGGGGGGAAGGCGGCGUUGGCGUUGGAGGCCGGGGAGUUGAUGGAGGUCAAUAGUCCGGGUGGUGGGGGGUGGGGAAUUGCUUUGGAGGGUGAAGAUGAUGUGUGA